CUAUUAUAUAAAUUACUCACACUAUCCCCUGAUCUUCUCGCCGCUCGCGUCCUUUCUCUGAGAUCAAUAUCGUAUUUCCUAGAACUCUCACUUCCGAUAAUGUACGACCAUGACGAGUGGCCCAAGAUGCCGGAUGGCAACGACUUCGACGGCAAACAGCUGCUUACCUUGGUCUGCAGCGGUAACAGCCCCUUCCACGGACUUUGGGAUGUAAACCUACUUAUUCAAGAGAUUGAGGAGAAUCUCGACGCCCGCGUGAUUGACAUCCCGGUCAUCUCCAAAGGCUCCAAUAACUACGGUCUCCACCUCAAGCUAUCGAAUCAACUAGACAUCGUGGCGCGUAUGUCUCGAGACGAUGUUAAUAUGCCUAACUUUGACGGCGCCCCGAUUCAUAAGCAAGUUCCCGAGGUCAAGUUCGAGGUGGCGGUAUACGAGCUCUUGCGCUCAGAGCCUGAUAUAUUGGCCUCCCGCCUACUCUACCACCGUAUCCCAAUACAACACGUUGGUCCUAGACUUGAUCUCCCUCGGGAUAUUGCGGGCCGUCACUUGUUCUUGUUUGAAAGAGCAGAGGGAGAGAAUAAUGUAUGGUGGGAACUUACCCUAGAACAGAAGGCUUGCCUUCUUAUUCAGUCAGCUCGUAUCCGCGCAUCAUUGUUCAACUUCAAUCUCCCGCUCGACUUCGCCGCUGUUUGGCUCCGCGAACGCCUCUUUGAACAGAAGCCCAAAUCGCUUCCUAUUCCCGUUGCUCCUACACGCGAGUUUUGCGUUACUCUUUUCAUAUCCAAAAUCGAAGCGACAAUUAGGAAUAUAGGCGACAUGAUCGGGUGGGAGAGUGACAAUGUCACCGUUGGUCCCAUUGCUGCGGCGGUUAAGCAGUCUCUUUUGCGCCUCAUCCCACAUAUUAUGCCUAUAGACAGCAACCAGACUUCUCUUUAUCGUCUCGUUCUCGACCAUGGCGAUUUUGGCAUUCACAAUAUGUCGAUUACAAUGGAUGCAAACGGUCAACCCCUCGUAACAUCCUUGUAUGACUGGGAGACUGGGUGCAUCGUACCGGCUAUCUUGUCCGAUCCGUUGAUGGCGGUAACCGUCGACCUAGUAAUAGAUGAGAAUGGCGCCCCUUCAUUUAUUCGAGUGCCUAACGACGCAACUCCGGAUGACCGCGCGCAAUACACAACAUGGGCAAAGCAAUAUUUUAUGGCUCUCUUCAAUCAAGCGCCCAAUUACGAACGUGCAAUCCGGGCAGGGAAAGACGCACGUCACCUUUGGUUUGCGUUGCGAGAGUGGCGAGGUGACGAUCCGGAGGGAUAUUUUGGUGAUCUGGGAGCUUGGGCUGAGAGGAGGAUGAAGGAGCUUGGUGUUGAUUCAGCUAUAUCACGGAUUGUGUACGAUAACUGAUCACUUCCCUGCCUUGCUUUCGAUAUUCUGCUUGAUUCCAACAACUUCUCAUCGACGACUUUGAUGAAUGGUGGGAAGGCUUAGAAGAGAGGACUGUGGCUGUGACCAACGGCUAGAUGGCAUGCAUUAAGUCAAGUUUAUAAAAAUGUAGAAAUUAAAAAGUAC